CCGAGGGGCUGGCCGGCCCGCCCCACGCCCACGUGGCCCGCCAACCGCUCCCACCCCCCGCGCCGCCGCUGCAGUAUCACGUGCGGCCGGUGGCUGCCCUUCGGAGCCCUGCUCGGAGCCGCGCGCCCGGGAUGCUGAGGAUGGUGGGCCAGGCUUGGAGCCGCUUGGGGCCCGCGCUGGAGCGCCGCAGCGCCUGCUGCUGGGGCCGGAGCCGAGGCGCGGUGCUGCUGCUCUUCUUCUCGCUGUCGCCGCGGCCCCCUGGCGGAGCGGCGUGGCUGCUGGGGCUGCGGCCGGAGAGCACGGCGCCGGGUCGCGUGUGGCUCGAAGGGGGAGCGCUGCGGGCUGUGGAGGGCUCCCGCUUCUUGCUCCGCGUCUAUUUCCAGCCGGCGGCCGAAGGCAACGCGAGCGACGGCUUCGGCAGCGGCGGCCCGCGGCAGGAGAGCGAGCGACGGCUGGUCUUCGUGGAGCAGCCGACCAAGGCAGAGCGCUGCCCGGAGCGCAGCGCCUGGGCCUCGGAUGUGGAGGUGCUGGGCCCUUUGCUCCCCGGAGGCUCGGCCGGCUCGGCUUUGGCCGAGGUGAGGGUCCGGGAGCCGCGCAAGGGCGAGUCCGGCGCCGGGCCCGAGGGGCGCCGCUUCUCGCUGUGCGCCUGGGACGGGCGCGCGUGGCAGCUGCACGGCGCGCGAGGCGGCUUCGUGCUGCAAGUGCAGGCGCCGGCCGCGGGCUUGUCGGCGGGCUUGGUGCCGCUGCCCGCCGAGGGGUGGCUGCGGGUGCUGGGCGCGCUGGUGCUGCUAGCUCUGUCGGCGCUCUUCAGCGGCCUCCGCUUGGCGGUGCUGUCGCUCGACCCGAUGGAGCUGCGCGUGCUGCGCAACAGCGGCUCGGCGGCCGAGCGCGAGCAGGCGCGCAAGGUGGAGGCGGCGCGCGGCCGCGGCGGGAGCGGCACUUACCUCCUGUGCACGCUGCUGCUCGGCCAGGCCGGCGCCAACGCCGCGCUGGCGGGCUGGUUGUGCGCCUCGCUGCAGGCCGUGCACAGCCCCUUGCCCGAGGCGAGCCAAGGCGUGCCCUGGCUGCCGGUGCUCAUCUGCACCGGGGUCGUUUUCCUGGGCGGGGAGGUGUUGCCCUACUCGGUGUGUUCCCGCCACGGGCUCGCCAUCGCGGCGCACACGCUCUUCCUCACCCGCCUGCUCAUGGCCGCCACCUUCCCGAUCUGCUACCCGCUCAGCCGCCUUCUGGACUGGGCCUUGCGCCAGGAGCUGAGCAUCUUCUCCACUCGGGAGCGCCUGCUGGAGACCCUGCGCGCCGCGGAGCCGCAUGACCUGGUGAGUGAGGAGCUGGCCAUGGUGCAAGGGGCCCUGGAGCUGCGCACCAAGGUGGUGGAGGACAUCCUGACGCCCCUCAGUGACUGCUUUAUGUUGCACUCGGAUGCCAUUCUGGACUUUGCCACCAUUUCUGAGAUCCUGCGCUCAGGCUACACACGCAUCCCGGUCUACGAAGGCGAGCGGCGCGACAACAUUGUCGACUUGCUGUUCGUCAAGGACUUGGCCUUUGUGGAUCCCGAUGACUGCACCCCGCUGCAGACGGUCACCCGCUUCUACCGCCGCCCGCUGCACUGUGUCUUCCAUGACACCCGCCUAGAUGCGCUGCUCAAGGAGUUCAAGACGGGUAAAUCACACCUGGCAAUUGUGCAGCGGGUGAAUAAUGAAGGGGAAGGAGACCCCUUCUAUGAAGUGAUGGGAAUUGUCACGCUCGAGGACGUUAUUGAAGAGAUAAUCAAAUCUGAGAUUCUGGAUGAGACAGACCUCUACACUGACAAUCGGAAGAAGGAACGGGCACCCCACCGGGGUCGGAAACCUCAUGACUUCUCCAUUUUCCGACUUUCGGAUAGUGAGAUGAAGGUGAAGAUCUCCCCGCAGCUGCUACUGGCCACCCACCGCUUCAUGGCCACAGAGGUCGAGCCCUUCAAGCCCCCGUAUCUCUCGGAGAAGAUCCUGCUGCGGCUGCUCAAACACCCAAACGUCAUCCAAGAGAUGAAGUUUGACCACAAGAACAGGCGAGCCCCUGAACAUUACCUCUUCCAGCGCAAUCGGCCAGUUGACUACUUCGUUCUCAUCCUACAGGGGAAGGUGGAGGUGGAAGUGGGGAAGGAAGGCCUGCGUUUUGAGAAUGGAGCCUUCACGUACUACGGAGUCCCAGCUAUCAUGGCUGUUGUCUGCUCAGAUAACGACGUGCGCAAAAUGAGCAGCUUGGCCGGGUCGUCUUUCUUGUUGAACCAGUCGCCAUCCCGGUGCAGUGGAUUAAACCGCUCAGGCGAGUCCCCCAUCCGAGAGCGCAAUGAUUAUGGAGGCAGCAGUACCCAACUCUACAGCAGCAGCAACAAUAUCUACACGCCAGAUUACUCUGUGCACAUCCUCUGUGAUGUGCAGUUUGUCAAGAUCACACGGCAGCAGUACCAGAAUGCGCUGGCUGCCAGCCACAUGGAUAGCUCACCCCAGACCCCUGACAUGGAGGUUUUCAAUGAUGCCGAUUCCACAAAGGCGCCCACCGUCAGAGGCACUCCACAGACCCCCAAGGACGACCCUGCCAUCCUCCUGCACGAGAGAAUUAGCCACUCAGACCUGCAUCUUAAGAGCCCGACAGACUCCGUGUUCCUGCACAUGGAGGGAAUCCCUCACAUCCAGGAGGAGGUGGCAGGCUGCCUAGAGACUGGCACGCAGCAGAAAAACGAGGGCUGCCUUUUCAGGCUGGAACCUGAAACUUCAAGCAGAGAAAUGGAGAUGAGCAUAUCCCCAAGUGGCCCAGAGGAGCCCCUGGGCAAGAAGUUACUCCGGACCCUAAGUGGGAGGAGGAGAAAACCGUCAGCAGAUAGCGAAAAGAGUGCAGAUGAUAAUUCCAACUUCACACCUCUCAUCACAUGAGUGGCAACAUGGCCUUGCCCCGCCCACAGGUCUGCAGCAUGACAGCCGACUGUGACAAGAUCCAUGUGUGCGUGAUGGCACCUGCUUCUCUGUCUCACAUCAACUAUCCCCUACCUCCAGGGCUUGUGGUUCAGAUGGCAGCCCUUUGAGCUUGAGAGGUUGCGCCAAAACGCGGAGAAAGCUGAGCAAGGAAGGCCCAGCAAAAGAGGUGGAAACGAGAAGGCGACUGCCAAGUGGUGGUGCGUGUGGCUCCCUGUGGGUCGUCCUAGCAGGGCAACGUCCUCACCAUCUCAAAUCUUACUUUCAUGGGGUAAUGCCCAGAGGGAGGGGGUGCCACACGGUCAAUCCCCCUUCCUGCUGGAAGUGCCCACCCUUCCUUAUGCAUGGUCCAGCACAGGGGGCCCCAGUGCAUGUUUGUGCAGCCAACAGCAUCAUACCAUCUGCUCCCUCUUGUAUUCAUGUCUGUCUGGUCAUUAUCCCAGAUCUGUUGUUCCAGACCCGUUGCUGUUUGUAACCAGCACCAGCUGGCUUUGGGCUGGCAGUCCGAAGGGCAGGUCAGCGCACUGCUCACCUGUCACCUGUGCACACUGAGCAAUCUUGUCCUCCAGGUUCAGACAAAAAAAAGUUUUGACAUCAAGCGUCUGUCAGGGAAAAAUAAAAUGUUCUUGUUUUACAUUAAAUCAA